CAGUUGCGGCUCGCGCCGAGAAAGUAUACCGGCGAAUGUGACAUCCUAUUUCAACUCCGUUUUUUGAAAUUUUCUACUUGAAUUUCAAAGUGAAAAACAUUACGACAGCUUCAUUUUUUCGUUCGACUUUUUCGUCGUGUUUAUUGGCCAGAUUUUUUCUUGCGGGCGCACAAAAAUAAUUGCGAAAAGUGAUCCUCAAAGUCGACGUGUGUAAAAGCGACGUCUUGUCGUCACACAAACCGAGCUUUGCUUGAACUACUGCAUCCCUUGCGGUGAACGAUAAGUAAGUUUUCGGUCAAGGUGACGAAGAGGAAAACUUACUGUAAAGUGAAAGAAAUUGGGUCACAACCAUGAAAUCCAUGUUUGCGCUACAGCAGUUUAAAAAAUGCAUUAUCUUGUUUAUAGUGGGCAUCAUGAGCAGUUUUUUGACUUAUCUAAUUUACAUUGCCGACCCUGUAAAAUUGAUACUGGAAUACAAUUUACAAAUGGCACCACACUCGAUGCUUUUCUCAAUAUGGAAAAAACCACCUCUUGAUCUUUACUUGAACAUCUACAUAUUCAACAUUACCAAUUCAGAAGAAUUUCUACACGGCAAAGAGAAGCUCAAAGUCGAACAACUCGGACCAUAUGUCUAUCAAGAAUUUCUUGAAAAUGAUAAUGUCACAUUUAAUGACAACGACACCAUAACUUUCAUCCCUAGAAGAAAGGUAGUUUACGUGCCCGAAAUGUCAGUCGGUGAUCCGAAAAAGGACAAAGUUAUGGUUCCAAAUAUAGCUUACUUGGGUGUUUCAUCUGCUUUACAUAAUGCUGGAUUUUUCGUAAAUUAUCCUUUUAUGCAAUUGGCAAACAUGAUGAAUACCAAAACGAUACUCAAUAUCUCAGUAUACGAUUAUCUGUGGGGUUAUGAGGAUUCAAUGGUGUCACUGGCUAGUAAAAUUGUGCCAAACUUUAUUACUUUUCAAAAAUUGGGCCUUCUGGACAGGAUGUACGACGAGGGAGAAAACAUUGUGACGCUAAAUCUACGAAAAGAUGUUGACAUGACGAUUGAGAAAGGCCGAUAUCUCAGUAUUGAUAAAUACAAUGGUAGUCCCGGAUUGGCGCAAUGGGGAUAUGUCGGAACGGAAGGCAACGAGACAAAAAAAGAGAAUAAUAAUUGUAAUACGCUACAAGGCGCUACGGAAGGCAUCAUAUUUCCAUCGAACAUAGACAAGCGUGCUAUCUUUAGGGUCUUCAGGAAAGCGUUUUGUCGAGCGCUACCGAUUAUGUAUAGGAAAGAAACUUGGGCAAAAAACGGGUUGCCAGGAUAUCUCUACACUCUCACUGAUGAUUUUGCCGAUCUACCCGAUCAGAAUCCGGACAACGCAUGCUUUUGCCGUAAAAUGAAAUCUUGUUUAAAGAAAGGUCUGCUUGAUGUAACGCCGUGCUACUACAAUAUUCCAGCAGCAGUAUCGCUUCCACAUUUCCUUCGUGCUGAUCCGAGUUUGCUAGAGAAUAUAGAAGGUCUUAAUCCGGAUGAGGAAAAACAUGAAUCAUAUGUAAUAUUGCAGCAGGUAGUUGGUGUGCCCAUAUUCUUUCAUUCGAGGUUACAGACAAAUCUGGUAAUGCAUCACACAAAAUACAAUACCAAAAUUGCGCCUUUCAAUGAUAUGGUGCUACCUUUAUUUUGGUUCGAUAUGACUAUUCUGACGAUACCGACUUAUCUGCUGAUCUUAUUGAAAUUAAUACUGCAAAUAUUACCAAUUGCACAGACAAUAUUAAUGUAUGUGCUUGGUAUAAUCGGAGUAACAACGAUAGUAUUAUCGUUAAUGUCUAUUUUAUGGGUUCUCAAUCAAGAACAAAAACAAGAGCAUGAGGCAUCGAAUAGAAGUAUCGAUAGCACUGAUUUAAGAGUGCCCUUAUACAACGGUCCAUAUACUUCGAUCAAUAUUUUACCGACAAUCAAGAAGAUGACGUCAAAAACGGAUCUAUUUAGUUAAACAAAAAUAAAAAUUUUCACAUGUAAUUGCUUGUCAAUAGAAAUAUGAAAAGACUUUGAUCCAGCGUAUCGACGAGUAGUCUGAGACAAUUUAGUGGAUUAUAAAUAAAAUAAACUUGUGAUUACUUUUUGCGCUUCGUAGUAACAACGAAAAAUUGCAGAAAGUAAUCAUUUAGAUAAAUUAAGAUAAUAUAUGUACAAUUAAAUGUUAAAUAAGCCGAUGGUAUGUCUGGAAAUAUAUUUUUGAUAUUGUAUUGUAAUAUCAAAAUUAUAUACUUUUAAGUUCGAUAACGAAAAAUGUAGAUAAGAUACUGCAUGUUCAUAUUGUGCAAGUUUCUGGUUAUACGCCAUAAUUACAUAUUCAUAAAAAAUUUAGCCAAAUGUUAAGAUAAAUAAAUAGAAAUAAAUUAAAUGUAUAAGAU